CUUCAGGGUUAUGGAAGCAAAAUGGUGUUGUGUGAAUUACAUCGGAUUACUUUGGACCUGACUUUUCUCUAGGAGGGAGAUUGGAGUUUCUAUUACAGCCAUGGACAUGUCCACGUCCCUCAAGAUGAGCUCCAUUACCACGCAGAGUCUCUUCAGCCACGUGAAGGAGGAAAACCUUUCGUCCAUCAAAGCGCAUCUGGAUCAAUACAAAGAAGUGGACACCAAAAGUGAAAAUGGCCAGACUCCUCUGAUGGUGGCAUCAGAGCAGGGCAGUCUAGAGAUCGUGCAGGAGCUCAUCAGGAGGGGAGCAAACAUCAACUUGGAUGAUAUUGACUGCUGGACAGCGUUGAUUUCAGCUGCUAAGGAGGGACACGUUGAGGUGGUGAAGGAACUGUUGGAGAACAAUGCUAAUGUGGAGCACAGAGAUAUGGGGGGCUGGAGCGCUCUCAUGUGGGCCGCUUAUAAGGGUUGUGUGGAGGUGGCACGUCUACUGUUGGAGAAAGGAGCAAACCCAAACAUCACUGGACAGCAGUACAGUGUUUACCCCAUCAUCUGGGCAGCAGGAAGAGGUCAUGCAGAGAUAGUUCAGCUGCUGCUUCAGCACGGAGCCAAAGUCAACUGCUCUGACAAGUAUGGCACCACACCCCUCAUCUGGGCUGCCAGGAAAGGCCAUUAUGACUGUGUGAUGCACCUGCUGGAGGACGGGGCCAAUGUGGAUCAGGAAGGAGCGAACUCAAUGACGGCUCUGAUAGUGGCCGUACGUGGUGGGUUCACAGAGGUUGUGAAAGAUCUGCUGAAGAGAAAUCCCAACUUGAAUAUGACUGAUAAAGAUGGCAACACAGCACUGAUGAUCGCUGCCAUAGAGGGCUACACUGAGAUUGUACAGGACUUACUGGACGCUGGCACAUAUGUCAACAUCCCUGAUCGGAGUGGUGAUACUGUACUUAUCGCUGCUGUCAGAGGAAGCCAUGUGGAGAUUGUCCGAGCUCUGCUUAACAAAUAUGCUGAUAUUGAUGUCAAAGGCCAGGAUGGUAAGACUGCCCUGUACUGGGCUGUAGAAAAAGGCAAUGCAACCAUGGUACGAGACAUUCUGCAAUGCAACCCUGAUACUGAGGCCUACACUAAGGAUGCAGAAACCCCUCUCAUAAAAGCCACUAAGAUGAGAAACAUUGAGAUUGUGGAGUUGCUUCUGGACAAAGGUGCCAAAGUGUCAGCAGUGGAUAGGAAAGGAGACACAGCCCUGCAUAUUGCCAUUCGCGGGAGAAGCCGUAAGCUUGCUGAGCUGCUUUUAAGGAACCCUAAAGAUGGCCGCCUGCUCUACCGGCCCAACAAAGAGGGCGAGACUCCUUACAACAUUGACUGCACCCACCAGAAGAGCAUCCUCACCCAGAUAUUUGGAGCCAAGCACCUGUCUCCCUCUGAGUGUGAUGGGGACAUGCUGGGUUAUGACCUGUACAGCAGCGCUUUGGCUGACAUCCUCAGUGAGCCCACCAUGCAACCCCCCAUCUGUGUGGGGCUCUACGCCCAGUGGGGCAGCGGCAAGUCCUUCCUGCUCAAGAAACUAGAGGAUGAGAUGAAGACGUUUGCGGGGCAGCAGGUGGAGCCGUUGUUCCAGUUCUCAUGGGUGGUGGUGGUGUUGACUCUGCUGCUGUGUGGAUCUGUGACUCUGGUCCUGGGUUUCACUGUUGAUCCGAAGCUGGCCAUCGCUGUGGCCCUGAGCCUGCUCGCCCUAAUGUACAUCUUCUUUGUUUUGGUGUACUUUGGUGGAAGGAAAGGCGGGGAGAGUUGGAGCUGGGCCUGGGUCAUCAGCACCAGCCUGGCCCGUCACAUCGGUUACCUGGAGCUGCUGCUCAAACUCAUGUUCGUCAAUCCCCCUGAGCUUCCGGAACAAACCACCAAAGCCCUGCCCAUCAGGUUUCUUUUCACAGACUAUAACCGUCUGUCGAGUGUGGGAGGGGAGACGUCCAUGGCGGAAAUGAUAGCCACACUGUCAGAUGCCUGUGAGAGAGAAUUCGGCUUCUUAGCCACCAGACUCUUCAGAGUCUUCAAAAAUGAUGAAAAUCAAGGAAAGAAGUGGAAGAAGACAUGUUGCAUCCCUUCCUUUGUGCUCUUUGUGCUGACGUCUGGCUGUCUGAUUACGGGCAUGACCCUGCUGGCCAUCUUCAAGGUGGAUGUAGAGAAUCUCACCGUGAAUGCUGUUCUGAUCGCUAUGUCCAGUGUGGUGGGACUGGCUGUGCUGCUGAACUGUCGGACCUGGUGGCAGGUGGCUGACUCUCUGCUGCACUCUCAGAGGAGGAGAUUGCUCAAUGCUGCCAACAGCAUGCACAAGCUGAAGAGUGAGGGAUUCAUGAAGGUUCUGAAGUGUGAAGUGGAGCUCAUGGCUAAAAUGGCCAAAACCAUUGAUGGCUUCACCCAGAAUCAGACCCGGCUGGCUGUCAUCAUAGAUGGCCUGGAUUCCUGUGAACAGGACAAAGUGCUGCAGAUGCUGGAUACGGUUCGAGUGCUCUUCUCUAAAGGUCCCUUCAUUUCCAUCUUUGCCAGUGACCCUCAUAUCAUCAUCAAAGCCAUAAACCAGAACCUCAACAGUGUGCUACGUGACUCUAACAUCAACGGCCACGACUACAUGCGAAACAUCAUCCACCUGCCUGUGUUCCUUAACAGCCGCGGCCUCAGCACUGCCAAGAGACUCUGCAUCACCUCACCAGCCAAUGCAGACCAACUUAACACUGACGCAUGGCAAGAGGACAUGGACAGGAUGUUGUCUCAGAACAGUCUCGGAGAGCAGGGCAGUAAAACGGCACUGAUCCGCAGGGACACGUACCGCAGAAGACAGAUGCAGCGCACCAUCACACGGCAGAUGUCCUUUGACCUGACCAAGCUGCUGGUCACUGAGGACUGGUUCAGUGACAUCAGCCCUCAGACUAUGAGGAGACUGCUCAACAUUGUCUCCGUCACAGGUCGUCUCCUCAGAGCCAAUCAGAUCAUCUUUAACUGGGACCGGCUGGCAUCCUGGAUCAACCUGACGGAGGAGUGGCCGUACCGCACAUCCUGGAUCAUCCUGUUUCUGGAAGAGGCUGAUGGAGUCUCAGAUCAGGUCACACUGAGGACAAUCUAUGAGAGGAUCUCUAAAAACAUCCCCACCACUAAAGACGUGGAGCCCCUGCUGGAGAUUGAUGGUGAUAUUCGUAGUUUUGAGGUGUUCCUCUCUUCUCACACCCCUGUUCUCACCACUCGUGAUGUGGAGAUGUUUUUGCCAUGCACUGUCAACCUGGAUCCCAAACUAAGGGAGAUCAUUGCAGAUGUGCGAGAUGCACGUGAGCAGAUGCACCUUGGAGGAGUCAGCUAUCCCACACUGCCCCUGCAAGAUGCUUCGGCCCGGCCGCAGUCUUCGUUUGGACAUCACUCUUUGGCCUGCUCUCCCACAGGCUCUUUCCCUGGUUCUUUUCCCCCUGCUGGAAUGCUGCCGCCUGCCCAGCCGCACAGCAGCUACUUCAGUGGGCUUACCGGCCCUCAGCAUCCCUUCUACAACCGGCCUUAUUUCCCUCAUCAUGUUUAUCACCUGCCCAGACAUUACCCAGGCAACUCCCAUCAUGCCCCCUCACGCCCACCUACUAAACUCCAUAAGGACCCAAGCAUGGGACUAAUCAAAUCUCAACCCUUCAACCUGAAGCAGGUCACUGGUCCUGGGGUUUUUAGUGGGCCUCAGGCCCUCCUCAGUUCAUUGAGCAUUGAGGGUGUGUGCGAGAAACUCAAACAGAUCCAAGGCCUAGACUCUAGCAUGCUGGAUCAGUAUAUCAACACAAUCAGAAAGGCCAAUGUGAAUGGUCGGGUUCUGUCCCAAUGCAACAUCGAUGAGCUCAAGAAGGAAAUUAACAUGAACUUUGGAGAUUGGCAUCUCUUUAAUGCAAUGGUUUUAGAGCAACGUCAAAUGGAGAACCAGCUGUUGCAGGAUGAAUCAGGAGCAUGCAGUGAGCAGGGCAGCAGCGUGGUGACUCAAUCCGAACUUCAUAGACCUUCCAAAGUAGCACAAGACAUGACCAUCAACCCAGAAAAUUUGACAUACAGCCUUAACCUGAGCUUUGAAGAGCUCAGCAGUUUGGGGCUGGAGGAGCCUGUCAGACAACACAAUGCCCACUGGUUGGCCAAGAAUCACAGGACGUCCAGUGUGUCCAGCCUAAACUCUCAGGAAUCUUCCAAUGACAUCUGUAAGCUGACUGAUAAACAACAGGCUGAGUACCGUGACGCCUACCAGGAGUACAUCACUCAUAUGGCCCAGCUGGAAGUCUCUGCUCCUGGACGAGGGAGUCCUACUAAAGCCCUGACCAGCCAGUUCCUCCAGCCCAAAUCUGAAGACAAGUCAAAGGAGAAAGAGCGUGAAGGGCACAAACCUUUCACAAAAAAAGGCUCCAAACCUGAAGACAGUGUGGCGGACCUCUCCUCUGCCCCUGACUGCAGCCUCCUAGAUCCCAUUACAGAGGAGGAUGAAAAGUCAGAGCCUGGAUCUGCCAGUAAAGUCCCACUCAGACGCAAGACCAAAGGCCAGGGACCGAGUUACCACAGUAUUCCAAGAGAUGAAGAGGAAUCUGGGGGCGAGGAGACGGACGCCACCCCACUGCUGAGGGAGAAGGCCUGGUCUACUGAGCAAGAUCUCUUAACCAAGAGGAAAAGCUUUAUUUCAGACAUUAUGCUGGACAAGAAAUCAUCUCACUCUGGCGUGAGAUCCAGCAGGAGCUCAUCUGAUCACUCUCUACAAGAUGACGAGAACGAUCCAGCUCAGGAGAAAGAGGCGAAGUCUACUGAGAAGAAAGACGAGGAGACCCAUCUGAUUGAGCUAGUUCUUGAAAGCCCAGUAAAGAAGCGAGUCCUACCACAUAGGUUGAGUAACCUGCAGGACGAGGCUGUGGCCCGGAUGUCCAUCUGUUCUGAUGCUCCAUCUGAGAGCAGCCUGCUGGUAAGCAGCCCUGAGGAGAGCUGGCCUGCUUCAGCAGUGAGCAAUCUCAAUUGCUCGCCCGAUAACGCAACAAUUAACAACAACCUCAACAACAGCAGCCAGCAGUCUAUCCUGCAGCAGGAGACACCCAGCUCCACUGAUUCCCCUUCACUCAUUAUAGGGCCUGGAUCCAUCGAAACCACACUGCUGCCCAACCAGAACCUGCGUGGAAUCCACCUGAAGAGGGCAGCAUCAACUGGGGCUGCAAUCAAUGCUGCUGAGGAAAGAGAGAGUGUUCUGUAAGAACCAAGCUAAAAGGGAUAGUUCACCCAAAAAUUAAAAUUCAGUCAAAUUCAUGUCAUCAAACCCAUUUGACUUUCUUUUUUCUUCACUAAUGGAAUACAAAUGGAGACAUUAGGCAGAAUGUUAGCCUCGGUCAGCAUUCACUUUGUUUGCAUCUUUCAUUACAAUGAAAGUGAAUAGUGACUGAGGCUGACAUUCUAAAAUAUGUAAACGAUGACAGAAUUUUCAUUGUUGGGUGAACUACAAUUUGUAACAACUGGCAAUAGUGAAACAAAACUUGUAAAUUUUACUUUUUCACUUAGAAAAGUUAUCACUGUUUAGAUUCUUGACAGAGUGAAAAAGAUUAUACAGAUCAGUUCAAAGUCAUGUUAAAAGUUCUCCUAGUCAGAGCAGUAGUGCAGAAGUAGCAUGUGUGUUCUUGGGAAAUUAGAGCUCAUUAGAGUCCUGACUGUGUCACCUUCUGAACCCACUUCCCUCACUCCUCACCCUUCAUUUUCAUGUGUAAUAAAACACAAAAGGCCCAUAAAUGUGCUCCUAAAUUGUCUGGAUUAGGAAAAAAUAGACAUGCUGUAGCUGUUGUUGGAGUAGUGUUAAAAUAUAAUGCAAUAACAGUCUGUGAAGCGGUUCGUAGUUUCUGAUUUGUUUAGUGCAAAUGUUAUUUCAUGCUGCUUUGCCAACAUUAAAGGAAAAGUUCACCCAAAAAUGAAAAUUCUCUCAUCAUUAACUCAUCAUGCCAUCCCAGAUGUGUUUGACUUUAAUCUGCUGAAUACAAAUGAAGAUUUUUAGAAAAAUGGUGGGCAGAACAUUGAAGCUCCUAAAAAGCACAUAAAGG